CGAGAUGCGAGCGCCCCUGCUGCAACAACCUCACUCGCGUGAUUCCACAAACGGGCGUCACGCACAUUAUCCGGUUCAUUUACAUACAAAACACCGCCCAGGGGGACGAACAUGAUAAUCAACCAUCGACUGAAAGCUAACCGUGCGGAGGGGAGGAAAAAACAGCUAAAAAAAAGUUUGAACGUGAGAAGACUGUAUUAAACCAGGCGAAGUGUUUCGACACAAACGAACAGGCGCUUGUCGGGCUCUUUGCCCCACUUUUGGAUUAGCUACGAUAUGGACGCUUUGAAAUCCGCUGGAAGGGCAAUUAUACGGAGCCCCAGUAUGGCCAAACAGUCGUGGGCUGCGAGCAGACAUAAAAAGCUUCCAGAGAACUGGACAGACACAAGGGAGACCCUUCUGGAGGGCAUGGUGUUCCAGCUCAAGUACCUGGGGGUCACAAUGGUUGAGCAGCCCAAAGGAGAGGAGCUGUCUGCGGCUGCUGUCAAGAGGAUAGUGGCCACGGCCAAAGCCAGUGGAAAAAAACUCCAGAAAGUCACAUUAACAGUCUCCCCACGAGGAAUCAUCCUUUACGACAGUGCCUCCAACCAGCUGAUAGAAAACAUCUCCAUAUACAGAAUAUCAUAUUGCACAGCGGACAAGAUGCAUGACAAAGUAUUUGCCUACAUCGUCCAGAGCCAACACAAUGAGACUCUGGAGUGUCAUGCCUUCCUCUGCACGAAGAGAAAAAUGGCCCAGGCGGUAACCCUAACAGUGGCUCAGGCUUUCAGAGUGGCGUUUGAAUUCUGGCAGGCUGCCAAGGAAGAGAAAGAAAAACGAGUGAAGUCAUGUUCAGACGGAGAAGGAGCCAGUAACUCCCAGUCGGACAGCUCGGCCAGCCUGGGCAGCCUGAAGGGAGGAGAGGUAGCCACAGCAAAGCUUCUGGAUUUGGCAGAGGGAGCCAACGUGGCGCUGGUCCACUCAGGAACAAAGCAGACUGAAUCAGAUCCCUUUAUGGUGCAUAAUCACAAAACAGAGAACAACAAUACUGUAUGGGAGUUGGAGGACGGUCUGGACGAGGCUUUCUCAAGCCGCAGUCUGGAUAGCUUUGAAUCCUACUCAGACUCGCUGAGUCUCGCACUAACCCCCAGGUCCUGGACAUUGGGGUAAACCCUCAGGACUUCAACACUGAAGAGUGCCUGUCCCCAGGCAGAUGGGACCAAGAGGACACAGACUUCACCCCGCAAAAAGACACUUUUUAAAAGUGAAGCCUCUGGGAAACAGGGAAACAUGAGGAGAAAUGGUGGUGAAACAUGGUUGGAAACUGAAGCGACAAAACAGACAUUUGUGACAUCAGCGCGGUUUCCCACCUUCUCCCUGCUGCCAAGUCCUCUCCGUGGUUACGUUGUGUGGCUCUUUGAUGCUGACCAGAGAAGGACAGCACGAGCAGGCUGCUCACUGAACAGGCCAAAGCAAUACAAACCAAUUUAUCCCUUUUCUAUGAAAAACAUGCAGUCAUUUGUUUGUUACAGUCAGUGUAUUACUUCCUUUUGUGUGUCUGUUUACCCAUACACUGUUAGCAAUGUCUUUGUGGUAUGUGCUUGUGUACAUUGCGUUAAAGAAAGUGUGUGUGUGUGUGUGUGUGUGUGUGUGUGUGUGUGUGUGGAUGUACAGUAUAUACUGUAAAUGUACGAAGUGAGAUAUGAGAAAUAUGAUGUGCUGAGCUUUGAACAGGUGAGGUCAAAAAAGGUGCUGUCACAUAUUUGAUUUAACUAGAGAUGGAGAAAUGUAACUGGAAUAGAAGGGAAAGUCCGUGGUGAAAGCCACCAAUGCCUCAGUUUCAGUAUUGGGUAAAACAAAGUUACUACCCAUAUUUGCUUCAAGGAUUCAGCCUUUUGUUGGGCAGCAAAAGCUUUAAAAA